GAGUAUAUUUCACAGUUUAUUUACUGGUGCCCUACUGAUAACAGGUUAUUUCCGGUCGUUUUCUGUACAGACAGCACAGCAUUGAAUGACAUUCAUCUGUCCUUGUGCAGGUAUAACUGGAGGGAAAAUUCCCCAGUGGGAAAUACAUUUGAGCGACUCCAUACAAGCACUCUCACCAGUAAUACAUGAGAUCAAACAGUAUUUUGCAGAUGUCAAGUGUUUCUGUUUUGUUUUGGUGGGGGAGGAAGAUUGGCGGUGAGUUAACAUUUGUGCCGUUCUUCCUCUAUUUUAUGUGGGAUGCUGCCACAGCGUGGCUUGACCAGUGGUGGGUUCAGGUACAGGUACACGCCCAGGAUCUCAACCUGUGAACCGUGGGGCACCAAAGUGGAGCGCAUGAACUUAACCAUUACGCCACUGCACAGCCCCUCAACUGUUUAGUUUCAAUUUAGAUAUUAAAAACACGUUUAUUUUCAAGAAAUAACGUUAAUUUUCUUUGUUGGUUUACAAAGGACUUUCAUAUAUCGUGGUCCUUACAAUGGUGGUGAAGAUGGUUUUUAUUCAAUUUUAAAAAUUGUAAGUACAUUCAUUUAUGCAGUAAUCUGCACUCGUGCAAAAAUUUUAAAUGUCUUUAAUCAUUUCACAUUUUAAGAAGAAAACGUUUUGGGAGUUCUGGAAUGACUUCACCUUUGGCUGUUUGCAAAGGUGACAGGCAAAAAACGCCCCCUUAUAGCUUUGAAGGAGCAUGGGAAAUAGAAGAGACAGACAGGGAGAGGAGGCAAGUGGUCAGACGUGCACCUCAAGAACCAAGGAGGGAUUCAGGUAAAUGGAAGGAAACCCAAGAGAAGACAGGCUGUUCUGCUCUAGUUCCCAUAAUAAACUCUUGUAAGGAGCCAGCCAUGCUGGUGGCCUGCUGCAGCAGGAGAUAGCCACAGCAAAAUAAAAAUGGUGAGACAGAUGGUUUAGCAGUGAAAGAAUGAGCCUAGUUAACAUUCCUGAGACAGCUGCAUUACCGUCAAGAUCUGAAAUGGACCUGAGUCAGCGUUAGUUUUUAUCAAAUGAAUACACUGCACACAGUUUUAAAAACUCGAAUAUUACUCUGGUAGAUGGGAUUAUUUUUUCAGAAAUACUCUUUCCUCUUCCACCUGCAAGAGUGAAGGGUACUUCUGCACCUUGACUUUGGGGUUGCCUUUGUUUGGGCUAAUGAAAUGUUAGCAGACAUGACCUGAUCAAAGCUUUGACAAGCACUGACCUGAUGAUUGGGCUUGCUCUCUUGUAGUUUUGUAUCACCUUCUUGGAAAGAAAGACCUUUCCCCCAGGGAAGUUACUGCCGCCCUCUCCACCUGGUUUUCAGAACGAACACGUGGCACAGAGCUGCCCCCGCCAAGCUGUGCCUGUACCUGAAGCAGGUCAUCACAGCUAAAAGGGAGACUGUGGUACUCAGACUGUGUCACACAGCAAUAGCUCCCUGAUACUGCAUCGAAAGGCUCAUAGUGAAAACCAGCAGCCUUCUAACUCAGUCCUUCCUGUCCCUCAGCCCUGCUCUCCAGAAGCAAAUAUUUUCAACUCUUUAAAUUAUUGCUUCUGGUCAUCUUCUCAGUGUUUCUAAACAAUAUGCUAAUGCUGUACAUAAAUAUAUUUUCCAUCUGUUGGUUGUAGACAUUAUAGAUUGACUUCCUGGCAGGUCUGAACAUAAUUUUGAUUUCACAGAUGCAGAGGUUGAGGUCCAGAGGAGUGAAAUGACUGUAUGAAGUCCUGCAGAGUCUUGGUCAAAUUCAGAUAUUCUGAUGCCAAAUUUCACACUCCACCCACCAUAGAGUCUAUCAGUAUUACUUAUUAACAAGUCAUGACACUCUUUUAACUUGAGAGUUCAUACCUAUUUCUCAUCACAUAUUUAUAGAACAAAGCCAAAAAGUUAAACCAUUUACCAGAAAAUAUUGACACCUCUUAGUUCAGUCCCUUAUUUCCAUGUCGGACAACCCCAUCCAACCACUACAUUUUAUAUUCAAUAUUUGACAAGUCUUUGGGCCUUGUGGGAAGUACAAACUAAAAGACUAUUUUCAAGGAGCUUAAAAUUGUCAGUUUCUUGCAGCAGUUGCAACAUUUCAUUAAGAGGUACUGUUCUGCCUUGUGGCCCUCACAAUUCAACAAUGGAGAAAUGUUGUUGAUAAUGUCAGCGAAGGAGUUCAAGACAUGCCACUUCUAAAUAUGCUGCCUUAGCAUAUUGAUUAUUUUGAGUUAAAGGCAUUUGGAAAACAACAUCUUUAAGCAGGGCACUCUGAUUCCCACUUUUUCUUCCUGAAAGCAGAAGAUGAAACUCAUAUGAGAACUGCCCUCCCUAUGCCGGGAGGAAAGAAACAUUCUUAUCACCAGAGAGGGAGUUAAGUCUGGUAGAAUAUGUACAAAGAGACCUUGUUAAAAUAACUCUCAUCUUCCUUAAGUCUCCUCAUUUUAUUUUAGUUACUUUUCCACAAUUGCAAUUGCCACUUUUUGUUCAACCCAGUGUAUAAGCAUUUAGGUUUUGCCACUUCUUUGGGUCUUUGUUUCCUUCUGAAGACUCCAAGGUCACAGUAAAACACAUUAAAUAAAUGUCCAUGCUUUUCUCCUGUCAAUCUUUUUUAUGUCAAUUGAAUUCUCAGGCCCAGCCAAAGACCCUAAGAAGGUAGAGGUAAAGUUUUUGCCGCCCCUACAUUGGCAGCAGCCACCCAUGGCCCUUCUGAUCUUGGUCCCAGAAAGCAAUUCUCCACAGAAUUAGCCUGAUCACAAUAAAUAGCAAAGAAACUGCUAUCAGAUUAUUUAUUAUUUUUUAUGGGUCACUUAUAUCUUGCAUUCCAUGUUAUUAACGAAUUCAUUUUCUAUGGAUAUAUCCUUUUAUUUCAUUGAUAGCACUUAUUCUAGCAUUUUCUUGUCUUUUGUUUACUUAUUUACUGUCUGUCUCCCCUUAAUCCUGUGAACUCCAUGAUAGGCCCUUCCUGUCUUGGUCACUGGUGAAUCCCUGGCAUCUACUGCAGUCCUUGGCACACAGAAGGUGCUCAAUACUUAAGUAUUAUCCUGAUAGCACCCUAUAAGAUGUUCCUUCCUCUAUGGUUAUAGAUUAAUACUUUACAUUUGUAGAACUCUACAGUUUACCAUGUGAUUUCAACCAAUUUCUUACUCCUAUUUUUUUUGUGGGUGUGAGGAAGAUUUGCCCUGAGCUAACAUGUGUGCCAGUGUUCCUCUACUUUGCAUGUGGGAUGCCUCCACUGCAUGGCUGAGGAGUGGAGUAGGUCCCUACGUAGGAUCCGAACCUAAGUGGAGCAUGCAGGUCUUUAACCACUCGGCCACGGGCUGGCCCUUCUUAUUCCUAUUUUAAUCUUAUUGCCUACAUCAAAUUCAUUUCACCAGGCGGUGAAUGAGCAAUUUUAUGUGCAGCAGGGAAGUUAACAUUAUUUUCACUUGUUUUCUAUUUACUAAGGGGGGGGGGUGGAGAAUAAAUUGAGGUUAUUGGGCAGAAGGAAGCCGUCUGGGGCCUUCAAUGAAUGUAUUUUUCACCAUCCACUAAAGGGCUGGGUUCAGGGCACGCUCUAGGGAGGUCCGGCAGAAACGAUGAAUUUCCCCUCCGGAGCCCCCGAAAGGUUAGGUCGGUGAGACAGGAGAAGAGUGGGCGAACCCUGACAUUUGAGGCAGGGCGGGCGCAAGGAGGGAAAUUCUGACACCGACGUCCGUGAGGGGCCCCGGGGAUGGUUCACGUCUGCUCCCACCCCGUGCGAAAAGCCCCCCAAGCGUGGGCCACCCGGCACCACUCCCACGGGCGGCCGGGCGCCGAAAGUGGACCUGCCCACCCGCAGUGACGUAAGAGCCCCUUUCGCCGCCGGGGCGCGCGGCCCCGGGCGGCGACCGGAUUGGCCGCCCGCGGCGCAGGGGGCGGGGCGAGGCGCGUUCCCAGCCGCCCGCGCGCCGCGCACGAGCAGGCCGCGGUGGGCGCCGCUGCACGUUCGCGGCGGCCGGGAGCGGCCCCCUGGUGGGCGACGGGAAGUGUGGAACGACGCGGCCAGUCACGUCAGGGUCCUCGCCGUCCCGAGGCCACCGCCCUCUCACCUCAGCGACCCUGCGCGCUUCCGGGGAAGCUUGCGAGUGCGAGGCAGGAAGUGGCCGCUGCCCACCUCCUCCUCCCGGCUGGCUGGUGGCCGAAGACAGGGAUGCGCGAGGGCACGACGACAGUGACCGUGCCCGAGGUCCCCGCGCCUUGGGCGUUGGGAAGAAUCUCAGUCCGGUCUCUGCCGUGUCCAGUAUGGUCCUCGCCUCUUCGGUGGCAGGUUGGGAAAGCCUCCGCGUGCCUCGUUGGUUUCUCGCUUCCCGCAGGUGUUUUGCGGAAAAGUGUUGGUGCCCCGCGCGGCACUGAUUCCAGAAAUUAGCCUCGGGCUGUGAAGGCUGUUCGGGAUGGCGCAUUAUCUAUACAUGCCUCGCAAGACAGAAAACUCAUUCAGGAAGCACUCAGAGUGCCUGUCAUGUGCCCAGCCCUGCUCUGCGUGCCGGGGAUACAGCAGGGAAAAAACCAUGUCCCCUCUUCUGGAGCUUAUGUUCUAGUGGGGAGAAGACAGCAAUCGGCCGAUGCAGAAAUAGCUCUACGUGCCAGGGAUGUUUUAUUAUAAUGGAAACCCAGAAGAAGAAGGGGCAGAUUUUGUGGAGGAAGAAAUGGAUUGACACAUGAGUGGAAUUAUUUGAGUGGUAUUUGUGAAACCAGCUAAUUUGAUUAAAUUCUUUUGGAGUCUACUUUGCUAGUAUCAUAUCGAUGCAAGAUUUCAUCAUGGGAAAUGGCUAUUACAACAUAGUGGCUACUGUGCUAUUGGUCAUGAAUUUUGAGAGGACAAGAUCAAUAAGGCAGGAUUCCUGUGAUAACUGUCCAGCUGGUACUUACUGUGGGAAAAACAACAAUCAGACUUGCCUUCCCUGUCCUGCAAAUAGUUUCUCCAACAGAAGUGGACAAGAGGCCUGUGACAUAUGCAAGAAGUGUGAAGGUGUUUUCAGAACCAAGAAGAUGUGCUUCCCCACCAGCGAUGCAGAAUGUGAGUGCAUCUCGGGGUUCCACUGCUUCGGGGAAGGAUGCACCAUGUGUGAACAGGAUUGUAAACAAGGUCAAGAAUUAACCAAAGAGGGUUGUAAAGACUGUUGCUUUGGGACAUUUAAUGAUCAGAAAAGUGGCGUCUGUCGACCCUGGACAAACUGUUCUUUGGAUGGAAAGUCUGUGCUUGUGAAUGGGACGAAGGAAAGUGAUGUGGUGUGUGGACCAACGUUGGCCGACUUCUCUCCAGGUACAUCCUUCAUCGCCAUGCCUGCCCCUGCGAGAGAGCGAGGAGGUCACAACCCCCGGAUCAUCAUCCUCUUUCUCGCACUGACCUCCACGACAGCGUUGUUCCUGGUGUUCUUCCUCGUGCUCCGUCUCUCUGUUGUUAAACAGAGCAGAAAGAAACUCCUAUAUAUAUUCAAACAACCGUUUAUGCGACCAGCACAAACUGCCCAAGAGGAAGAUGCCUGUAGUUGCCGAUUUCCGGAGGAAGAAGAGGGAGAAGGUGGACUGUGAGCGGGGUCCGGGAAACGCUGGGGCUCUCGAGGAGGAUCCGAGGAGGAGUGCCAGACGAGACGCGCCGUCUUACCUUUCCAAUUGAAAACACGUCUUGCCUAAUACCCAGGAGAACCCCCUACAAGUUUUUUUUAAAUGCUAAUGAAUUGGCCUUUAAAAACGUACCGCUUCUAACAGAAGAGAAGUAGGAAACAGAGCUCAUAGGAGAGGGGCACGCUCAAGACACUGCUUAACAGGCUUGAGCUAGCUUUUUAGUUAAAUCUAAAGAGAAUUCUAUUUUAAAUUUAAUCAUGUAGGCCAGUGGUCUGACUAAAAUUAUAAUCAAAAUCAAUUCCAUUUUUUGUGUGUGCUAAUAUAACAUAUGACAAUAAGCCAUAAGAUGCAUAAAAUAUCCCCAACCAAAUUAUCUACUGGAUCAGCCAUUCAACACAGUGGCCUCUCCCACCGUGAGGGGAGAAUGGCGACAGCCCAAGGUUGGGGUCAAGGAGGAAACUCUCGGACCUUGUGGAAGAGUUCCGGAAGGGGUUGGGAUGUCCUUGCACACCUCGUGGUCCCUGGUCCUCACAUCGUCUGCUUUGCUCCUGCUCCCCAUGAGCCGGGGCUUAUGUUUUUUUAUCCUUAAAAACUUUAAUAAUAGUAUUGGAUGCACAUAAACUAAUGCAUGAAAUAGGUAUGAAGCACGUCCUAGAACGAAGAGCCAAGAGCCCAACCAGAGCACCAGAGCGGGAGCCGCCAGCUCCCAAGGGCCAGCUCUGAGACGCCACGUGCCUUUGUACGGCUUAGGAGCUGAGAAUGGUUUUGACGUAUUUACAUGGUUUAAAAAAUCAAAAGAAGAAUAAUAUCUCCCGACAUGUAAAAUUAUAUGAAACUCAAAUUUCAGACUCCAUAAAUGAAGUUUUAUUGGAACAUACAGCCACACUUAUUUAUUUACAUGUUGUCUAAGGCGGCCUUUGCGUUACAACAGCAGAGGUCAGCAGCUCUGACAGAGGCUGUGUGGCCUAGAAUAUUUACUAUCUGACCCUUUAUAGGGUCAAAGUCAAGGUCAGUGCAUCCAUCUGUGUGCUGCUCCCUCUCUCAACUUCCGUCUCCCUCCACCACCACCCACCCCGCGACCUUUCUGGGGAAUGUUGUCUCUCAUUUUCUUGCUUUAAAAAAAAAAAGUCAUUUAUUAUGUAAUUAUGUACCUUAAAAUUAUGUUAUUUAGUUUUGUUUGUUUUUAAGCUUUAUGAAAAUGGUUUAUACUGUAUGGAGACCUCUAUGACUUGCUUUAAUCACUCAAAAUUAUAUUUAUAAGACUCAUGCAUGUUAUUAUAUGCAACUAGAAUGCAUUCAUUUUGACUGCUAUAUAAUUUUGCAAAUAUACCAUAAUUUAUCAUCCAUUCUCUGA